CCCGAGGUUCGCGGCUUCGCCUUGCUUUAGCUUCCUCCUACUCCCACGAUCCCACCUAAAGACAUAUCCAACACUUCACGCUUUUUGCCAGCACAAGUCAAAUGGCCUUAUAUCAUCGUGCGCCUGAUAAUCCAAGUGCCACCAAAUUUCUAAGGCGAGCUGGACACGGCUCGGCCCUUAUCGGAGAUUUUGUAUACAUUGACGGUGGAAAGAUAGCUCAGAACUACACUGACUCCACAGGCGAAGAGCAGUUCGAUUGGUCUCGGAAUAAUGUCACAUUGUCCAUUGAUCUCCGGUCAUCCUGGAAUACCUCCUCCGUGUCCAUCCGGGCAAUUGAGAAGAACAGUGAUGGACCAUAUUUCUAUCUUCCAGAAAUAUGGGCUGAUCCAUCAUCUGAUUCAUUGUAUCUUUGGGCCGGACAGGUCUACGACAGCGAACCACCAAGCUCAGCAUUUUGGAAAUUCGACACUACGGGCACUGGUGGCGGGUCAUGGAGUAAUGCGACAGAAUAUGCAGUGGAUUUGGAUGACUUAUCUCGGCCUAUAGGUGGCCUCUCUGCCUCUACAUCUGAUGUUGGGUUCCUUCUCGGUGGCGUCAUUACGGCAAAGAAGGACCCAAUAUACAACGGAACUGCAAGUGACUUCAUUGGCAUCACCGGAAUGAUAUCAUACAACUGGACAUCUGGAAAAUGGAGUAACGACACCGCCCCUGUAUUUCCACCUUCCAACACCGCCAUCUUCGGCCGUAUGCAGCACGUUCCAACAUUCGGGUCAAACGGUUUGCUUUUUGCUCUGGGCGGCGAAAGCCCUCCAAUGGCAAGCCCACAUAACACGACCAGACUUAACUCUUUCUCCCACAUCACCUUUUAUGACCCAGUCUCAAAAGACUGGUAUUGGCAGGAAGCUACAGGUCCCGCACCAUCAAUGCGUGAGCGGUUCUGUUUAGCUGGUGCUCAAAGCCAUAAUGACACCUUCGAAAUUUUUGUUUUUGGCGGCUGGGACCCCGUUGAUCCCUCAGACAUGAGUGAAAUAUACAUACUUUCUCUACCUGCAUUCCGAUGGUUCCAAACUGGAAUUCGUGCAAUCUCACAGCGAGUUCUCCACACCUGUCAUGUCAUCGGAAGUCGACAAUUGCUCAGUAUUGGGGGUCUAGAAUCCGCGUAUGAUGACCUUGGAGAUCGAACGAUAAAUCAGUGGAAGAGCAAAGACAACUUCACGCAAGGUCUUGGAAUCUUCGAUAUGACAGAGUUGAAAUGGUCUGACAAGUACGUUGCAAACGCAUCGGCUUACGACAGCCCCGAAAUGGUAAAGUUGUGGUAUAGCGACGGCCAGAGAGAACCAACUUGGACUCUUCCUGAAGUCCGCAAACUCUUCAUAGAGCACACUUCCAAUGUGAAUGACAGCAACGAAAAUGCUACCAGUACAAAAAUAGGCAGCCACUCUAAAGGCCACGGAGGAACGAAAGCAAGUACAGUUGCCGGGUCUGUAGUUGCAGCUGUAGUUGCCAUCAUCUGCCUGGUUUCGCUCGCGGUAUGGCUUAUGAAACGUCGAAGACGUUCAAAGGGCCAGCAAAACCCCGUAUUCGAAGUAGAGGAUACAAGUCCAGAGCAAAAACCUCUAUCGGAACUCCACAAUGGAAAUAUUGUAGAACUUCCACACCGACCUGACGAACCGCCGUUACACGGCACAUCCGAACUGGAUAGCGGACUCGUUGCAGAGCUUCCGCACCGGCCUGAUGAGCCCCCGUUGCAAGGCAGGCACGAACUCGAUGGCUAAACGGAUCAUGGCAGUCCUUGGCAGGUUAAUCUUUGCUAAUGGUCAUGUAUUUUUUUUUUUUUUCAUUUUAGCUUCUUUUCAACUCUUUACUAGAACCAGGACCGGUUACUACGUGUACAGUUGUUAUCAAUAUUAAACGGUUUUAAAAUAUUUGCCAGCAUACUUAGGAUUGUUGUGACCAUUUGCUUACCUCGGUAUAGAGAAACGUUGCAACUGUCAACCGGACAGAAUAAUCUGGUUAUACAUGGAAAGUUUAUUGGAGCAUCUUUUUGUCCAGUUUUCCCUUUCAAAUUGGAAGACCAUCUAAACAGAGUGAUGUAAAGUUUUUUUUGUCUGUUUGUUUGUUCGGCAACGCCUAGCAAACAAACCCUUGC